CCCUCCCCACUCCCGCACUGAGACAGCUUCAUCGGUAUGUUUCUGGAAAGGAAAUGCAGACUGUUUCUAAGCUUGCUUUCGAUUUCGUUGCUUUUUACGACCAGGAAGCCUGCACAGCCAUGGCGGGCAAGAGGACACAUGAAAGAGAUCCAAUCUACAAGAUCAAGGGUUUGGCUAAGAAUGUGUUGGAUGGGGUUUUUGAUGACUUGGUGGAGAAGAACGUGUUAAAUGGAGAUGAGUUACUCAGAAUAGGGGAAGGUGCGCGCUUCCUUCUGAACAAUGCUGAGAACCUGGCUGAGAACAUCUUUGAGAAAACAGAAAUGGUAGGCAAAAUAUUUGCAGGCCACAUUGUCAACUCCAGGAAGCAGCUGAGACUAAAAUUUCAUUCUGAUGAUGAGGAUGAUGAAUCUCAGAAAAUACCUACAGCAUCUUCUCCAGCAGACUCUGAAAAUGGAAUUAAAGACAGAAAAGAUGAUAAACAAACUUUAUCAGAGCAGAUAUCCACUUUCUCUCUGACAGAAUUCAGAAAAGAAAAAGAAGAUGAAGAAAUGGAGGACGAUGUUGGAGUGGCCCCUUCAUCACAUCCAAUACUAACAGCUCCUCAGGAAAUCCAGAGCACAGAAGCCCAUGAUACACUGCAACUUUGUCCUCGAGAUCAAUUCUAUAAGAUGAAGACAGAAAGGGCAAAAGAGAUAUAUCCAGUGAUGGAGAAGGAAGGUCGAACACGCUUGGCUCUCAUCAUCUGCAACAAAAAGUUUGACUACCUCUUUGAUCGAGAUGAUGCUGAGGUUGAUAUUUUGAACAUGCAAGAGCUACUUCAAAACCUUGGAUACUCAGUGGUGCUAAAGGAGAACCUUACAGCUCAGGAGAUGGAGACAGAACUACGGCAGUUUGCUGGCCGUCCGGAGCACCAGUCCUCUGACAGCACGUUCCUGGUGUUCAUGUCCCAUGGCAUCCUGGAAGGAAUCUGUGGGGUGAAGCACAGAAACAGAGAACCGGACGUUCUUCAUGAUGACACCAUCUUCACAAUUUUCAACAACUCCAACUGCAGGAGUCUGAGAAACAAACCCAAGAUCCUCAUCAUGCAGGCUUGCAGGGGCAGACAUAAUGGAAUUGUUUGGAUAUCCACAAGGAAAGGGAUAGCCACUGCUGAUACAGAUGAGGAGCGUGUGCUGAGCUGUGAAUGGAAUAGGUGCAUAACAAAGGCCCACGUGGAGAAAGACUUCAUUGCUUUCAAAUCUUCUACCCCACAUAAUAUUUCUUGGAAGGUGGGCAAGAAUGGCUCUCUCUUCAUCUCCAAACUCAUCGACUGCUUCAAGAAGUAUUGUUGGUGUUAUCAUUUGGAGGAAAUUUUUCGAAAAGUUCAACAUUCAUUUGAGGUCCCAGGUGAACUCACCCAGAUGCCCACCAUUGAGAGAGUAUCCAUGACACGGUAUUUCUACCUCUUCCCUGGGAAUUAACACAGGUGACACAUACCAGUUCCCAACCAAGUAUUGCUGUGGGUGAGAAGAAAAGAAAAUACAAAGACUCCUGAAUUUUUAAAUGCAUAAAACCUUUCAAUUAGAUGUUAUAUAGAAUAUCAUAAAUCUAGAUAAUUUUCCCCAGAAUUUUCUUGAGGGGGGACUGAUAUGUAAACUUUUGCAUGAAAACUAUAGAUUAGUUUUUUUCUUUCCAAAUCGUUACAUCUUUCAUUUUAUUUUAUUAAAUUUCAUAUUCACAAUCUCUAUAAAUGAGUGAAAGAGGAACAAAUCAAGAGCACCUGGACAUGACCUUUUGGUAGUGUAGGAACCACUUACACUUAUAAACUAAUAAUUGUAAUUUACUCACAAAGCAGAUCUUAUCUACAACAGAGUUGAGAAACAAAGUGUCUCCUGCACACAGGCAAGUUAAGAGUCAUAGUCCAAUAGGAACAAGAUAAGGGAGAAUGACCUCCACUGCUUACCUCUGUCAUAUAUGGUUUCCAUGUCUAGUGGCUGCCUAGCAUUCCUUAUAAUUGGCUUGUUAGGAUAUACUUUACAAAUUUAAGUUAUUUAUACAUUUGUUGUCUUAAGUAUUUUUGUAAUAAAAAUGUCCUCAGACACAUACAUUUAAAUUUCUGUCUGUUAGUAUUAUUGGGAAAAAUCUUUCAAAACAGAAGUUACAGGAUUAAAAACAUUAAGAGUGUGAUGAUAUUUUAUUUGUGCUGAAAUGUAGUGAUAUUUUGUAUGUUAAUAAGUUUGUCUGGAGAUCAAAGGGAAUAGCAAGCCAUUUUAAGGUAAACACAAAAGUCAGGCAGUGGUAGCAAAUGCCCUUAAUCCGAUCACAGGGCAGGUAGAGUCUCUGUGUGUUCAAGGACACACUAGGGAGCAGCCAAGUGUGGUGACACACAUCUUUAAUCCUAGUACCAACCAUAGAUACGUGGAGGUCUGUACAGACAGGCAGUGACAAGAAAGUGAGGUAGCUGGGCUAAGAGCCAAUGAGAGGGCAGAACAGCAAGGCAAUAAAAGCCUGGGUAGACAGGAAGUAGCUUUCUUGGGAAGCUACGGUGGUGUGGUGAGUUAAGGCUAGCUGGCGGCUCUCAUUAUUUCCCUGAUCUCUAAGACUUUCACCCUUAUAUUUGACUCUGUGUUUCUUAUUUAAUAAGACCAUUUAGAAAUUUGUCUACAUAAGGGUAAUUUUUGAACACAAAAUAUUGUGCAAAACACUGCAAAUUUGUGUUCUUCAGCAGCAGGACGUGACAAAGCCUACCUAUCUCUACUUUGCCCAGUCUUGAGAAGGUUGCAUCAUUAUUUUCAUUUCACUCAGCCAAAAAUAAAAUCAGUGUUUAUUAUUUGCCUUAUAAAAUGUUUAAGCAUCUUUAUGUAUACUCUUCAUUGUCUGUGCAUUAAAUGUUAGCUUGUGCCUCUUGGGGGAUACAAGUCCUACAUAGGCAUGAUUUGAAGUUGUAGGAGUCACCCCUGGUCACCACCGUGCCUUAAACCUUACCAGAGUUGUGGUCUCUCUUCUGACAUGCCCUCUAACAAUUCUAAAUACUAAAUGGUCCUUCUAAAAUUGCAGUCUAUGUUUAACCUGCACCUAUCAAAAGCAUCUCCUGAGCACUGCUGAAUAAGGCUCUGGUGGUCUUUGCAUUCUUACCUCUUUACAUUUGCUUUGCUUGACUUCCUCAGGAUCUCCAACAUAGCUUGUCUUUGCCAUUUAUUUGUCCAUAUCUUCUCACAAGAACAAAUCUCCGUAAGGAAUCUUCCUUUUCUUUUCUUUUCUUUUUCCUGGGGGGGGAGCGGUGUUCGAGACAGGGUUUCUCUGUGUAGCUUUGGCACCUUUCCUGGAACUCACUCUGUAGCCCAGGCUGGCCUCACAGAGAUCUGCCUGCCUCUGUCUCCCUCCUACUGGGAUUAAAGGUUUGGUCACCACGGCCCAGUGGAAUCUUCCUUUUCUUUGUUAUGCUAUUCAAAGUGCUUAACACAGUGCCUGUCAGAGAGGAAACUCUCACUAACUCUUAAUUAGAGAAGGGUAUUAAUGUAGAAAGCGUUAUAUGGUUUAUUACAUAUUGAGAUUUUAGUAGACUUUAUAAGUACUCUUAAAUUACUAAAUUAAGUUACUUUACUUGAGGAUUUUUUGAAAACUAUUUUGUCAAAUAUAUUUAUUUUCCCCUUGAUUUUUCUUGGGAAUUAUUAUGUGUCCAGAAUACAUAAUCUACCCUUUUAUUCAUGGUUCCAAAUCUUCCCUUCAAAAGCAGAGCUUGUAUAUUAGUUAAUGUAAUGGAGGUACAGAAUAAACAAGGCAGGUACAUGUUUGACUUAAACAGAGACGUUCAACAUGAUACCUAAAUGUAUUGAGCUAUAAACUGAGCUGAAGAAUCUUGGUGCAGUGCCAUUCCUUUUUCUAGAUCAACCAUUCUAUCUCCACAUUCACCUUUAUAAGAUAGAUCCCUUAAUUUGUAACUUCAUUCUCUUGCAACCUGUAUGUCAAACUAAUGACCCAAUCUGCCCAUUCUAUUUUUACAUGGCCUCUCUUCCUAUUCCUGCUUACUGCUGAGGUCACAUCUGGUUUAUUUCUCAUAGUCUUACCAUUGCUCAGCCAAGAUCUAGAUUGCUGCUAUUGUUUCUUUGUUUUGUUUUGUUUUUUUGAGACAGGUUCUCACUAUGUAUCCCUGGCUGUCCUGGAACUCACUCUGUAGACCAGACUGGCCUCCAACUCACUGAUAUCUGCUGUGGAAUGUUUGUUUACACUGUACAAUGUGUCUUUGCCAAGGUGUCUUCUGACUGAUUUAAUAAAGAGCUGAAAUGCCAAUAGCUAGGCAGGAAGAGUUUAGGCAGAACUUCUGGGGACAGAGAGGACUCUGGGAAGAAGAAAGUCCAAGAUGUCAGGAGACACAGAGCAAGUAGGAUGUGCAGGAGGAGAGGUAACAGCCACAAGGCAUAUGGAAGAAUGUAGAUUAAUAUAAAUGGGUUAAUUUAAGGUAUAAGAAUUAGUUGAGACAAGCCUAAGUUACAGGCCAAGCUUUCAUAAUUAACAAGAAGUCCCUGGUCAUUAUUUGUGAUCUGGCAGCCCAAAAUAAAAUCUGACUACAGACAUC